AUGUCGAGGGAAGAGGAAGAGGAGAAGAGGGAGGGCUCUGGUCGCUGGUACUGUUGAUGUCAAGAUUCCUCUCUCCUACCUAGCGCCAUACACAGCUUCUGCCAGCCUUCCCUGAACUUGGAGCUCCUUUAUCCCCUCCACUCUUUCUCUCUCCCCUCCGCCCCUCCCUCUCUUCCUCUCCACUGAAGAACAUUUCCCGGGCCAAGGCAGACCAAAUAAUGGCUCUGCCAACUCUCUGACCACCACGUCCAGUCUGCAGGCCAGGCGGCCGAAGAAUCCCAGAGGGGAGCAGAGAGCGUGGAAGAUCAGCAAUAUCUGCGUCUUAAACCCUGCCAGCUUCACCGCUGCCUUUUCCCUCUUGGGGAUUAAGCUGCCAUGGAAGCUCAAAGGAUUUGGCCAGGCUGAGCGCCCAGGCUGCAUCUGUUCUGCCGCUGCAGAAUCUGACCGGUAAUGGGAUAUCACUUUCCCGGGAUACUGAAUAUUUGCCCUUUCCCAGCCAUUUCUGGAUUAGCAACUUCUGUGUUUCUGGGUGUCAUGCAUAAAGGAAGAGCCCUGUGUGACUCAAAAACUUGCUUCCUGCAUUGAUCUGAUAGAGAAAGCGGAAUACAUGAGAGGUCUCUACAGGGUUCUCUCAUCCUCUCCACCUCUGCCCAUUUUCGGUUGAUCGGUGGACUAUGGUGACGGGGAGAUGUUGGCCAGGAAGAGCAUCAUCCCCGAAGAGUAUGUCCUCGCACGGAUCGCGGCUGAGAACCUGGGCAAGCCACGCAUCAGGGACCGGCCCCAGAAAGCCCGCUUCAUCGCCAAAAACGGGGCUUGCAACUUGGCUCACAAGAACAUCCGCGAGCAAGGGCGCUUCCUGCAGGACAUCUUCACCACCCUGGUGGACCUGAAGUGGCGCCACACACUGGUCAUCUUCACCAUGUCCUUCCUGUGCAGCUGGCUCUUCUUCGCCAUGAUGUGGUGGCUGGUGGCCUUUGCUCACGGGGACAUGGACAAGCCGUGCACAACCAGCGAGGAGGUCGAUAUAUGGAAGCCCUGCGUCACUUGCGUCAGGUCUUUCACCUCUGCUUUCCUCUUCUCUAUUGAGGUCCAGGUGACCAUUGGCUUUGGAGGGAGGAUGAUGACCGAAGAAUGUGCCAUAGCGAUCAUCGUACUGAUGCUCCAGAACAUUGUGGGCUUGAUCAUCAAUGCCGUCAUGUUGGGUUGCAUCUUCAUGAAGACGGCGCAGGCACACCGGCGAGCCGAGACCUUGAUCUUCAGCCGGAACGCAGUCAUCGCCGUACGCAAUGGCAAGCUCUGUUUCAUGUUUCGGGUCGGGGACCUGAGGAAAAGCAUGAUAAUCAGUGCCUCGGUGCGGAUCCAGGUGGUCAAGAAGACCACCACCCCUGAAGGUGAAGUCAUCCCUAUCCACCAGCUAGACGUCCCGGUAGACAACCCCAUUGAGAGCAACAAUAUUUUCCUAGUGGCCCCUUUGAUUAUUUGCCACAUCAUUGACAAGCGGAGUCCUCUCUAUGACAUCUCCGCCAAUGACCUGGCCAGCCAAGACCUAGAGAUCAUUGUCAUACUUGAAGGUGUGGUGGAAACCACUGGAAUCACCACCCAAGCAAGAACGUCCUACAUAUCCGAAGAGAUCCUCUGGGGCCACCGCUUCGUGCCCAUCGUAGCGGAAGAAGAAGGGGCCUACGCUGUCGACUACUCCAAGUUUGGCAACACGAGCAAAGUCGCAGCGCCGCGUUGCAGCGCCAAGGAGCUGGACGAGAAGCCUUCCAUCCUCAUCCAGACACUCCAGAAGAGUGAGUUGUCACACCAGAACUCCCUGAGGAAACGCAAUUCCAUGCGGAGGAAUAACUCCAUAAGGAGGAACAACUCCAUGAGGAGGAAUAAUUCAUCCUUUGUGGUGCCCAAAGUCCAGUUCAUGACACCAGAAGGAAACCAGAACAUGCUGGAGACAUGACAGGUCUCAAGUAAUCCCACACACUAUUCUCUUAAGACAUUUGUGUUAACUUGGUGUAAAGAAUUAAUGGAGCUGGGACCUAUUUAUUAUGUGCAAGCACCAGGUAGAACCAAACGGAGCAGGGGUAGGGGAUGUGUUGCCCUCCAGAUGAUGUUGGACUACAGUUCCCAUCAUUCCUAACUUUUGGCCGUGCUAGCAGGGUCUGGUGGGAGCCCAGAGCCCCACAACAUCUGGAGGGCCACAAGUCCCUCACCCCUGAAAUAGAGAGAAACACUGUAAUUGUAGUGUAGUUGUCACUGACAUGCUCUACCAGAACCUGGCCCACCUUCCAGCGUGUGUACCAUUUUAGACCGGAGGUGGGGGCUGACACGAUCAAACUUUCCUCUAGACUAGCCUUCCUCAGCCCAGUGUCCUUCAGAUGUUGCAGGACUUUAACUCCCAUCAGCCUCAGUCAGCAUGGCCAAUGGGCAGGGGUGAUGGGAGUUGUAGUCCAACAACAUCUGGAGGGCACCUGGUUGGACAAGAUGGUUCCAUACAAAAAUACAAUGAAUCCCUUCAGGUUUUUUAAGCACUUCAGAGACGAAACUAGGCCAGUGUCAGGAGGGAGCCAGCAAUAAAUCACACAGAGUAAGUGAAGUUAACUCUUUAUUAGAAGAAACAGGAUCUGUUCAGGGGUGCCAGGCCUAAUGAGCACAGCAACUCCUCUUCAGUAAGUCUUGACCCUAUGAGGCAGUUGCAGAGACUAAAGGUCCCCGCCUUCCACAGCUGCCUAAGUCUCUUCCUCUCCAGGGCUUUCCCCAAGCAAUCUGAGACUGUGCCAGCAUGCCUGCCUUUGCUCCUCCCACUUCAUGCCCUCCUGGUCCUGGAAGACCAUCGAAGAGGGGAGCUUGCUCCAGGCAAAGUUCAAAGUUCUGGCAUUGCUGUAAACAACCCUAAAUGACCUAGAGUACUUCUCGAACCAGGGAGUUGAACCCAGCCUUAGAAUUAUGCUUAAAUCAAUAGGACUUGGGUAGAAUGAACUUAAAUAUUACCAUGCCCUUGCAGUGAUCAGAAGUGGGUGGAAAGAGAGGUUAGGUAAAAUUUACUUCACUGUGUAGUAAGAUUCUGUGUAGGGUACAUUUGCCAGCAACUACCACAGUUAUUGUCAUUCAAAUCAUAUAUUUUUUUUUAAAAAAAAGGAAAAUAAUGCACAUUAGAAAACUAUAUUAAGAACCUCAGCAUAUACAGGUCUACUAGAUGUCCACUUCAUAAAGACAACCUUUUUAAAUAAAGUCGUCCCCCCACUUUCUUUGUUUUGAUGUGUAAUUAUGUUUAAGUUUUAUGUCCUGAAACACUGCCUAAGCCCUUCCAUGUCAGCUGGGUAGCUAGAUGCUCACUUUGGAUCAGUGAGAUCUGGAACUGGGAUUGCGCCAACUGAUGACGAGAAGAGACAGCCUCGAAUCAUAACAAUAUCAGGACCCCAGCAUCAUUUCGCUAGGCCUGGUUCAAACACAGCUUUUUCAAAAUCCCAUUAUACAUAUAUUGUUAUGGGGGUGAUGGCAACUCGGAUUAUAUUUGGGGGAGGGGGUCCGCUUCCAUGCCCGUGAUUCUGUAUCCAGUGAGUUUUAGAAUCGAGUACAAGAAGCUGCUGAGCCAGUCAGAUAUUUCUCCUUAUCAGCUGGCCAGUUAAGUGCUCUCACCAGCAUCUUAAAGAUUGGAAAUUAAACAAAGGGUCUGUGGGUUUCUCUUUAAGGUUUCCAGACUUAAAAGAGAGCAGAGCAGUUAAAUGCACAGAGGUCCUGUCCUCUAUUGAGUCUGGCAACCCUAGAUCUACAGGAAAGUGGGGUAGGCAUUUCCCCUACCUGCCUUCACCUGGCUAGAUGCAGCAUCAACCUAGGAUGGAGGACGAUAGGCCAAGGAGGGUUUUUGUGUGUGAGAGAAUGUGUGUUUUGGCUGAUGCUGGAAGCUAGAUGGAUACACAUAGGAUUGUCUCGCUUGGUGGUGGACCCAAAGCUAUGUCUUUGAGAUCCCCUGGAAACCUAACGGGGAGGGAAAGGUCUGUCGAAAUGCCAAUGCUGUGAGCCCCUCCAUGCUAGGCUCGGGUUGUAUGUAUGUGUAAAUAAAACCAUAUAUCCUAAAGACAUCACAGUCUCCAUUGACCUUCAUUCCAAAGAAACCAAACUCCAGGUAAGACCAGAUCCACUGAAGUCUCUUGCUACUCAGAGAUUUGGGGCACAUGGAUAGAUCUAGCUAUCAUGGGAACAUAGGAAGCUGCCUUAUACUGAAUCAGACCAUUAGUCCGUUAGUCUAGCUCAGUAUUGUCUACACUGACAUUCCCAGUCUUCCCAGGAGAUCCUGA